AUGACGUCAUACGACCCGGGGGUUAAGGGGCUUUGGACACAUAAGGAGGGGAGGAGGGAGAUUUGGAUCAGAGUUCUUCUGGAGUGGAGAGAGAACACCAGCCGCCCUCAGCGUCCGUGGGAUGCCUGCAGGGUGCAGCUGAAAACGAUCGCAUCGCCACCAACCACCAAAGCCACGCCUCGCCCUGCCCGCCCACCCAGCCACACGCAGCCAAAGACCACGCGAUCCGUGACUCGUCGGCGCUUUAAACAAAAGGGCGUCGCCUCGGCACACGCCUCCACAGCCACCGCAUCCACCCCUUCUCGCUGUCUCUCCCCCCUCUCGCACACACCGCACACUCGAGGGCAUCUUCAUCGUCAUCAUCGUCAUCGCCGCUGCUGCUGCUGCUGCCGCCCGUGCACACAGAGCAGCAGCAGCAGCAGCCCUCGCGAGAGGAGGAGGAGGGCAAAAACACGCGAGGAGGACAUUGAGCGCAAGUUCCCCUGGAUAGUCGCCGUGCUGCUGAUUGCCGUCACACAUCUGUUGUCUGCUGCGAAUGUCUCGAUCGCUGUGCCGGAGGAUCUGGUCGGGGCAGUGCUUGUGAGAUGCUCCUUCUCUCCACUGCUGGACAUCAAGGGUGGUAUCAACCUCAAAGUCACCAAAUCCUCAAGCAACAAACCGAUUGUGAUCUACAACUCGUACGGUGAGGAUUCUCGACCUGACGUGGCCACAUUCGUGGGAGACCUGGCCAAGGGCGACUGCUCCCUCUUGCUGCCCAACGACUCCAGGGGCUCUGUGAUCGAUUUUAGUUUUCAAUUCUACAACGCGAGUCGACUGAACGCGACGCUGAGUGUGGUUGAAGCUCCACAGACGCACAGCGGUGCAGGUGGCACGACUGUCGCUGCGGCAGCGGAGACCUCGCCCACAGCAGGUCCCCACUUCAGGGGCUGGACGGGGAUUGGGGCGGCAGUGGUGGUGGCAGUGGUGGUGGUGGUGGUGGCUGUUGUCAUCUUCAUCCAGAAACGCCGUCGGUCGUCUGGGAGCUCCCCCGGCUCACACAGUGGCGAUGGGCAAGCAGACGUGCACGGUGAUGUGGAGGAGAAUGGGCAUCCACUGAUGGUGGCGAUAACGAAUGGACCCACAGAGGCAAAUGGAGAUGGUGGGACAAUCGCCGCUUGAAGUGAUCACCGGCUCCCCCAUGACCACCCUGGCCGGCACCCGUGACCGCCGAUAGCCACAGUGCCAUGCAGGAGUGCAGUACGGAGUGCCUGUGGUCCAUGGGUUGUUGUCCCAGAUCUUCAUGGCUUUGUCAUCUUUUCCUGCGCAACGUUAACUCUCCAAACUCCUCUCUGGCAGCUCCAAAUCCCUGAACGCGGAAUUCCACACGAUCCAGAAUACCGCUGCUGCCUCAUCUCACGACUUCUAUAAAUGCAACCUUCAUCAUCCCAAUCUUCAGAUUCCCCCCACUGGCUCCCAAUCCCGUCCCCAAUCGACUCUGCGAGAUCGCACUCUCCGCCUCCACGAUCCUCCAUAGACUCUACGCUUCCUCUCCCCUCUCACCUCUAUGUGCUCCCCACCACGUGUUCUCUCAAUGUCUGGUCGCUUAUUAACGCCCACCGCGUAGCCCAGUGGGUUCUGGGGAGUCUCACAAAUCUGUGAUUCGUGAACCCUCAACUCCAUAGCGCCCGAUCAGUCUCACCGCAGAUUCCCCCUGCUCACGUCCAGGCUCCAGACGUUACAGACUUUCCCUCUGUGUCUCUCCUCGCCUGGGCUGCACCACCGCUGUCUUCCCGUGAGCUCCAUGCACAUUCCCUACAGCCCCUUCCUGCUCUACUGAAUGUGUCAGCAUUGUGUGUCUGUGUGUGAACCUGAGUGGGUGUGUGAGUUGUGUGCGUUUGCUUGUGUAUGAGUGUGAGCCAGAGGGGGGUGUGGUAUUGGAGUGUGGUUGUGGUGUAAUAAGAGUCGUGUGUGUGUGUGGUGUUAAGGGACCAGAAUCUGUGUGAAUUGCCCACACAAUGCACGAGAUUGACAACUCAAGAGGUUCUCACACUGGACUAUUUGGCACACUCUUUAUUGAAUGUCUUUUACGUGCACUAUGCGCUGCUAUUCCAGAGGUGCCUUGAGAUUGCAUGUUAACUACUGUUUAUGUUUACCGUUGUGGAGUAUUGGUCAAGGGGAGUGGUUGAACCUGUGGGCUAUGGGCCAUAGCCCAUGGCAAUCCACAAGGCCGUGGGAAUUGCUCUGCAGAACGAUUUAAGGACCCCACAAUGUUACUCACAAAGCCAUCUUUCUUACUGCAAGUUCUUCGUCAAGUUUGUUUAGAGGGUUGGCAGUGAACGUUUCAAGUUUUCAAGUUUCAUUUAUUUAGGUAUAG